AAUAAAAAUUAAAAAACGAGAAAUGAAGAAACUGAAUGAUUCUUCUUCGGGUGUGGCUUACCGAAAAACCCUACAGAAUAUUUAGAGAGGGCAUAGGGCGAGCACGACGCCGUUUCAGAGCGACAACGAACGAGGAAAGGACUGCUUUUCACCUUUGGUCAAUGGAUUUUGAAUCAAAUUAUGAUAUUGCAGCCUCUGCCCAAUUCAUUCACACUCACAACUUCACCAGAGUUGCUUUACAAUUUCCAGAUCAUCUCCUAAAAGAUUCAACAAGAGUGGUCACUGCUCUGCGCAAGAGACUUCAAUCAUUGAAAAAAUGUGAUGCCACAGGAAGUGGGCAUGAAACGGAUGUAGGGUUGUUUGUGAUGGCAGACACGGCCUAUGGUAGCUGUUGUGUUGAUGAAGUUGGAGCAUCACACAUUAAUGCUGAUUGUGUCAUACAUUAUGGACAUACAUGUUUUAGCCCGACAACAACUCUACCAGCCUUUUUUGUUUUUGGGAAGGCUUCCAUUUGCGUAGCUGAUUGUGUUGAAAGUAUGUCAAAAUAUGCUUUGGCAAAUAGUAAGCCUAUCAUGGUCCUUUUUGGGUUGGAAUAUGCACAUUCAAUGCAACAGAUUAAAGAAGCACUGUUAGAAUCAUCAAUGUCAUGCAGAUUUGACGCUAAGCCAGAAGUUCACUUUGCUAAUGUUCCAUCUUCAGUUAUGUUUCCAUCAAAAGAUAUUAAAAAGAUAAAUGGGCUCCAAGAACAAGCCAGUGGGGCAAGUGGGACUACAUGUAGCAUUGGAGGAUUGACUUGGAAAUUACCUGAGGGACAAAGCAUGGAUGACUACUUGCUCUUUUGGAUUGGACUUGACGACUCAGCUUUUGCUAAUGUUGUGCUCACAUUCAAUGCCUGUGAAAUAGUCAGAUAUGAUGCAAAUGAAAAGCAAAUGGUGACAGACUUGUUUCAACAAAGGAGGAUUCUUAAACGGAGAUAUUACCUGGUGGAGAGAGCUAAGGAUGCUAAUAUUGUUGGGAUUUUAGUAGGAACUCUUGGUGUUGCUGGUUAUCUUCAUAUAAUCAAUCAGAUGAUGGAGCUCAUUACAGGGGCAGGCAAGAAGGCCUAUACUUUGGUUAUGGGAAGACCAAACCCAGCUAAACUUGCUAACUUUCCAGAGUGUGAUGUUUUUCUAUACGUUUCUUGUGCCCAAACUGCUCUGUUGGAUAGCAAAGAGUAUCUAGCUCCUGUUAUUACUCCCUUCGAAGCCAUGAUAGCUUUCAAUAGGGGAAGCCAGUGGACAGGAGCCUAUGUAAUGGAAUUUCGAGAUCUAAUUAAUUUGCCUGAAAUGGAAGUUAUUGACCAGGAAGAAGCGCGGUUUUCAUUCUUGAAAGGUGGAUAUGUUGAAGAUUUUGAAAAUCAAGAAAAUGUUGAGGAAGAAAGAGAAGUUCUUUCUUUAGUAAAUGCAACAGAGAAGGCGCUGCAGUUGCGGAAUAACUCUAAUGCUCUAAUGAAAGGGAAUGCUAGAUCAGGAGCAGAAUUCUUGGCAAAUCGUUCUUAUCAGGGUCUGAAUAUGCCCAGUGAGAACAACUCUCCCGAGCCAUAUCUCAUAGGAAGAAGAGGAAGGGCAUCUGGGUACGAGGAUGAGAAGAACAAACAAUAAUAAUCUGUGACAACCGACUAAGAGGGAGGACAAUACAGGCUUUAGAGUUUUAGUAAAUACUAAAUGAGAACUAGUAAGAAUUUCGACGAUGACAAGGGAAAGGAGUUUAGUAACAGUCCUUGGUUGUUGUUGAGCCUAGUGAAUGGAGCAUCUUGUGCAUUUUGGGUGGUGAGUUUGAUAAGGCACAAACAGCUGUUGCACCAAAUGAUUUUGAAUGCUUUUAGCAGGCAAGCCUGCUCCAUGGCAUGAUGGAACUUGCAGCUGUACUUUCACCUUUGUAAGUUGUUCACGGAUGUCUUCCUAGGUGCUCAAGAAUCAUAUAGAAAUACUGUUGCAUUACAUGCACAAAAUUUAACAUAUUCUGCUUGCUUUAUUUUAGAUUAAUCAUAUAUCUUAUUGUGUUUCCUUA